CGCAGGAUUUUCGCCUCGCCGCUCCCCAUCUCUUUCGCUCUAUAAAUUCAAAUGCCCGUCCUCUCUCUGCAACUGACUCAGUUUCAUUUCGUCGUCUUCUUCCUCGUUAUCACGUUGCUCUGAUCAUGGCGGCUGCUGCUGCUUCUGCUGUCUCCACGCUUGGACCUGUGGUGAAACUGAACGGCGUCGUUUCUGGAGCUUCAGUACCAACCUCUGCUUUUUUCGGCAACAGCUCGAAGAAGGUGAACUCAAAAUUCAGCCACCAGAAGAUUUGUUCGAAGAAGUUCAAGGUGUUGGCAUCAGAUUACGAUGAAGAGAAGCAGACGUCGAAGGAUAGGUGGGCAGGACUUGCUACUGAUAUAUCGGAUGAUCAACAGGACAUCACCAGAGGAAAAGGAAUGGUGGACACUCUCUUCCAAGCUCCUCAAGAUUCCGGAACUCAUUAUGCUGUCAUGACUUCCUACGACUACAUCAGUCAAGGUCUUCGACAGUACAUGGACAACAGCAUGGACGGCUUCUACAUUGCUCCUGCAUUCAUGGACAAGGUUGUUGUUCACAUCACAAAGAACUUCAUGACCCUACCAAACAUCAAGGUCCCUCUAAUUCUGGGUAUCUGGGGAGGCAAAGGACAAGGGAAAUCAUUCCAGUGCGAGCUUGUGUUUGCUAAGUUGGGAAUCAACCCGAUCAUGAUGAGUGCUGGUGAAUUGGAAAGUGGGAAUGCUGGAGAGCCUGCAAAAUUGAUCAGGCAAAGAUACCGUGAGGCUGCAGAUAUUAUCAGCAAAGGAAAAAUGUGUUGCCUCUUCAUCAAUGAUCUUGAUGCAGGAGCUGGUCGACUCGGUGGAACUACACAAUACACAGUCAACAAUCAGAUGGUGAAUGCUACACUCAUGAACAUUGCUGAUAAUCCCACUAACGUCCAGCUUCCUGGUAUGUACAACAAGCAGGAGAAUCCUCGUGUGCCUAUCAUCGUUACCGGCAAUGAUUUCUCUACAUUAUACGCUCCUCUCAUCCGUGAUGGCCGGAUGGAAAAAUUCUACUGGGCUCCUACUCGGGAAGACAGAAUUGGCGUGUGUACCGGCAUUUUCCGGACAGACAACGUGCUUAAGGAAGACAUUGUGAAGCUAGUAGAUACUUUCCCUGGCCAGUCAAUUGAUUUCUUCGGUGCUGUUCGAGCAAGAGUAUACGAUGACGAAGUGAGAAAAUGGAUAGCGGAAGUAGGAGUGGAGAAAAUCGGAAAGAGACUAGUGAACUCAAAGGAAGGACCUCCAACCUUCGAGCAGCCAAAGAUGACACUCGAAAAACUUACCGAGUAUGGAAGCAUGCUUGUCCAAGAGCAAGAGAAUGUAAAGAGAGUUCAGUUGGCUGACAAGUACUUGAAAGAGGCAGCUCUUGGAGAUGCCAACGAAGAUUAAAUCAAGAAUGGAUCUUUCUCUGGUUAGAAACUUGGUCGGAGGUUUGCAUUUAUCUGGGUUUUCUGAUUCUAAGGUUACCAUCAAAGAUUUGGACGGAUUGUUGCAGCUUAAUCGAGUAGUCAGUUGCCCUUUAUCAUCCAGGUUCCAUAAAUUAGGAUUCAACUGGUGGAAAUGAUGACAGGAGCUGCCUCUGUUGAAUUUAGCUCUGGAUUCAGGAAAUUAAGGCUAGAAACUGAGAUGUUGUAAUUAAUUGUAAUAGAAUUGUAUAAUACUGUAUCUCUCUCCCUUAAUUUGAUAGACAGUUUGUGAUGUUCAGAACUAAAAAUCGAACUAAAAACAAAACUGAAUGUAAUCUACUCUGACCCAAAUUCAAAGUUUCAGUCCAAGUCAAAACUAUGAACACACUUGUCCUGCUAAAAA